AUGGAUCCUCAUGAGGCGCUUCGGGCGUCCGUAGAGGGGCCCGGCGCAGAAGAUAAUUCUCGGUUGCCUUCAGGGGCUGCAGGGCAUGCAAUAACAACAGCAGCAGAAGGGGUAGCAGAAGCACCACCUGCUGCAACCGCAGCACCAGCAGGGGCCGAAGCAGCACGACUAGCAGCAGCACCAGCACUACCAACUGCAGCACCAGCACUACCAACUGCAGCAUCAGCACUACCAACCGCAGCAGCAGCAUCACUAGCAGAAACAGCGGCGUGCAUGGGUGUUUCUCUUGAAAUCAACACUGAUAGCAUCAAAAAGCAUCAGCAGAGGUACAAGGAGGUGUGCCUUCAAAGCCCAAGCCGCUUUGAGCAGCAGCAGCAGCAGCAGCUGAAGCAGACAGAGCAGAAGCUUGCAGAAUCUCCCCCUCCCGAAGCAGCCAUAGCUGCCCCUGAAGCUGUUAGGAGUUGCUGUCGGGCGUCUCGAUGCCAGCACCGACGUCGCUGCGGCAGUGCUCAGUGGGGUACUUCUCAGGGCCCUUCUGAGUCUGUUGGCUUUAACCGCUAUAACCACCACCACCAUCACCACCACCACCACCAUCAUCAUCAUCAUCAUCACAACAGCAGCAACAACAACAACAGCAGCAGCAGCAGCAGCAGCAGCGGCAGUGGCUGCCGCAGGCAUCGCCGUCGUUGCGGAUGCCACACAGGGGAGUACAUCUUUAUGUUGAUUCCGCGAAAGCCUUUGAGUGCGGGGGCUUCCUUCCUCUUCUCGCUGCUGCAAGAAGCUUCUCCAACAGUCCGCUGUGCGGUAGACAUGGGGGGCACCCUAGCAAAAGUUGUGUUCAUAGAGGAAUUGGGGCCACAGAGCGCAGCCGCAGCAGCAGCAGCAGCUGCUGCUGCUGCGGGCAGCAGCAGCAGCUUCUCCCGCAGAGACCCACAACUCACCGCGAGGGCAUACGCUAGCAACUGCGAUGCAGCGCUCGAUCUGGCCUCCCCCCUCCUGACCAUUCGCGCGUCUCCUCGGCGCGUGUUGCGGUUUACUUACUUCCGUACUAAGGCCAUAUCAUCUCUUCUGGAGUGUCUCCAAACACGGAACUUAGUAAAAGGCGGAGUGCUGCGAAUGACGGGGGGAGGGGCUAUGAAGUAUGCAGAGCUGUUCAAGAAGCAGCUCGGAGUGUCUCUACAGCGAACGGAUGAAAUUGAUAGCAUAAUGGCGGGGCUUGUGCUGCUUGCCUCCCACACCAACUCUGUCUUUCGCUUUGACUUAUCUUCAAGACAGAGGGUCCCGGUAGACGUGUCCCGAGACCUUUAUCCCUUUUUGGUCGUCAACAUUGGCUCAGGCGUCUCCAUCCUUAAGGCCAAGAGCGCCAGCAGCUUCGUGAGGGUGACAGGAACCUGCAUCGGCGGAGGCACAGUACUCGGCUUCGGGCGGCUUUACUUGGAUGCCAACAGCGACAGGCCCCGCCCCAGGAAAGAGGAUAUCGCUCGGAGUUUGAUUCACAUGGUGUCAUACAACCUGGGCUACCUCGCUUACCUUGUCGGCACCGCCCACGGCGUACGCAGGAUAUUCUUCGCUGGUAAAUUCAUUAAUAAUUAUGAUUUCACGAUGGAAUCCAUCACGCAGGGCGUAAACUUCUACAUGCAGCAGUACGACCAGCAUACACCUCAAACCUGCCUUCGAGGACCCGCAUCACCGCUGCUUGCUGCUCCUCCCAAUUUUAACGUGAGCGCGCAGCAGCGGAUCCUGUUGCAGCAGCAGCUGCUGGCAAACGUUGAAACAGCAAAGCGGCAUGGGCCUGCCGCCGUAGAUUGCGAGCCGAAGGAAGAAGGCCGUGCCGGGGCAGCAGGAGCAGCAGAGGUUCGAGCAGCAGGAGAUGCUGCUGCAGUUCCUGCUGCGUUGCCGCCACGAGGAUUGUCUGAGAAAGCAACUACAUCAGACCUGUGUAGGAGCUCGAUGGCGGGCGCUUCUAGUCCUUUUGCCAUGCCUUCACAGCCGCAUGUAGAGGUGCCCAGCCACCCACAGCCAGGCCAGCUGCACGAGCAGCAGCAGCAUCAGCAGUGGCAGCAGCAGCGUCGGCAGCAGCAGCAGCGUCGCCAGCAAGAAGCUAUCUCUACAGGCAACCCGCUGCGCUCUCCCUCUUGCCCACCUUUGGGCACCACCAGCAGCAGUGUCUUCUCUCCGUCUUCGCCUGCGUCGGCGCAAGAUGGUGUUGCUGCUGAGCCUGCGGCUUCAUGGGCCCCAUUUGAGGUGAGUAUGGAUGUGCUGCGGCGUAGGGCUGGCGCUUCUGCUUCGGUUGCACCUGCAGCGGCUGGACUUUGUGCUUUCCAUCUUUCCCCGGGCAAGGUGUUCUUCUGUCAUUGUUUCUGCAGGUGCUUUUUUUGCGUCACGAUGGAUAUCUCGGGGCUGUUGGGGCUCUCGUAG